AGGUAACGAGGGGCGGGGAGCGGUGUAUGGGUCACGCAGUCUGUCCCGUGGCGCCUGGAGGGGCGGCUGCAUGGGGCGAGGAGGGCCCCCGUGGCCCGGCGCCGCCGUCAGGGACGGAAAGCCGAACACCGGAGCGCGGGCGCCGCUGGCCGGGCCCGAGGACUCCGCUUGAGGCUUCAGGUGGAUAGGCCCUCCGUCACCUUUUUCGCUGGAAUGUCACAUCACUGAACAUUCCCUGUCCCCACCCCCCCAAUUGUUUUGUCUGGAUUCUGUCACACAAGUAAGAAAAGAUGGGGAAUAAGCAAACAAAUUGCCGUCGCAGUCACUUUUCUCGGUUUCUACCUGAAGAACAGGCUGAGAUUGAUGGAUUGUUUGCUGCCAUAACAGGGGGUUUGGAGAUGAUAACCUGUGGAAAGAACAGAAAACCUUUCCCAAUCCCUAUGUCUUUGAAACUGUUACAGGCUUACCUUGGGGAUGCCUUACCAGAGAAAAUGACAAUCAGGCUUUAUGAAGGAAUGAGGAAUAUUGACCUGAUGGAGACUAACGUGGGUCCCACUGAAUACGUCAUCAAAGAACAGUUUGUAAUUUUUAUGUCAGAGCUAUUGAAAGGAAGUGCAGGGGAGAAGAGCAACAUGAUCAUGAAGAUGUUACAUGUGCCUGUUGAAAACGUGAAGGCCAGUCAUAUUCGCGAGUUUACAGAGGAUCUUAUUACCUCUGUGGUACAUGUGCUGGACUACAGAAAUGAACUGAAAGGCUGGAAUGUGAAGAAAAGUCAGGAUUUUUGCUCCGGUGUGAAGGCAUUGGCUAUUCAACUGCUCUCAGCACUGAAACGAGGCUCCCCAGUUGAAGAUACCGACAAAGACAAUUUUUUCUGUGACAGCAAUAUGAUCGAAGACUGGCUGCUUAAAGUGCCCCAGAUCUCCACAUUCUUAAAUGUGGUUGUCAGGCGAGGAUUCCUUGUUUUGCAUUCUCACGCAGAGCUUGCCAGUUUCAUCCCAGAGUGUAAAGAUGGCAAAGAAUUCAUGAGCCUUUUUAAUAUUCCUGCCAUUGUUUAUAUCAACUCCUGCCUCCCUACAAAGCUACAGCACACAUGGAAACUCAUUUUUUCUUCUCAAAUUCAUGGCUACAACUUUGCAAAACUUUGUGGGAAUAUUGUAGGCAGAGGUCCCUGCUUAUUAGUGGUAAAGGACAGGGAUGGCUAUAUAUUUGGUGGCUUUUCAUCUCACUCCUGGGCAGUCAAGGGCCAGUUUCAAGGGGACUGUAGAUCCUUCCUGUUUACCAUUUCCCCCAACAUUGCUGUAUACACAUACAGUGGAUACAACGAUCAUUAUAUGUAUUUGAAUUAUGGACAACAAACUAUACCAAAUGGAUUGGGCAUGGGAGGUCAGUUUGAUUACUUUGGGCUUUGGAUUGAUUAUGAUUUUGGGAAAGGACACAGCAGAGCAAAUCCUAGAUGUACUACUUAUAACAGCCCUCAGCUAUCAGCCAGGGAAAAUUUUGAGUUGGAUACCCUAGAGGUAUGGGCGGUUGGAGAUUUUGCAAAGGAGAAGACAAGACCUGACAAGAAGACUGUUCUGGACAAUAACACUGAGGUGCAAUGCUUGUUAGAAAUGAUUGGGAAAACUCAUCACAGUGAAGGACUCCGAGAUACAUGUGAUGACAAGGAAACAUAAGAAUAAGAUGGAAAAACUGAGACCUAUAGAAGGGAAAUGCCAAUGAGGUACAAGACUGCAAUGUAAUAAACUGGUAAUGUAGA